AGAAAGAGUGAAAGAGUGUGAUAGAAGAAGGAAGAGAGGAAAAGAGGGAAACGAAGGGAAGACACGGCUCCUGGAGGCGCGUUAGGAUUCCUGGAUGCUCUUUUGCUCCUUGAAGCUGCUGGACCUGAGAAAUGUGGUCAUUUUCAGAGCUCGUGGACGGGCUGUCAGAAACCAGCAUUUGUUUCUUGUUUGUUCUUCUGAUAGAGGCACGAGGGAGGCAUUUCUAGCACACGGAGGCUUCUAGCAUAAGACUGUCAGAAAGAGGGCUGCAGCCUUUUGUGUGGAGCUGACUGGAACAUCGAAAUGCUCUAAUGUGGAGGACAAAAUAACUGGUCUCCAUGUGAAGCUCUCCCAUGAUGCAACAUGUGCCUCCAGCACCAGCACUGACAAUGAUGGCCACACAGAGCGUCCCUCCACCAUCCUAUCAAGAGAGCCAACAGAUGACGGGCACCACGCAGCAGAACUCCAAGGCCCAGCAGGUCCACAUCUCAGCAUCAUCAACAGCUGGGACCACCCCGGUCAGUGUGACCCUCGACCCACAGGCCCAGCUGGAGUCAGACAAACGGGCUGUUUACAGGCAUCCUCUGUUCCCUCUGCUGGCUCUGCUUUUUGAGAAGUGUGAACAGGCCACACAGGGCUCCGAGUGCAUCACCUCGGCCAGCUUUGACGUGGACAUAGAAAACUUUGUGCACCAGCAGGAGCAGGACCACAAGCCUUUCUUUAGUGAGGACCCUGAACUGGACAACCUGAUGGUGAAGGCGAUUCAGGUGUUACGGAUCCACCUGCUGGAGCUGGAGAAGGUGAAUGAGCUCUGUAAAGACUUCUGCAAUCGCUACAUUACCUGCCUCAAGACGAAGAUGCACAGUGACAAUCUGCUACGCAAUGACCUGGGAGGACCAUACUCACCAUCACACACAAACCUACCACAGGAAUUGCUGCAGAGCUCCUCUCCUUCGCUCUCCUCUGUGUCCAGCUCGGUUAACCCCUCAGGCAUUGUGGUCCCUGCUUGCUCUCUGCCUCAGAGCAAUGUGACAAUGACCACCAUCAACUCACAGGUGGUGUCAGGUGGAACCCUGUAUCAGCCGGUUGCUAUGGUGACCUCUCAGGGGCAGGUGUUAACCCAGAGUCUACCGCAGGGGACCAUCCAGAUCCAGAACACACAGGUGAAUCUGGAUCUCUCGUCCCUUUUGGACAGCGAUGACAAGAAGUCCAAGAACAAGCGAGGCGUUCUCCCCAAACACGCCACCAACAUCAUGCGCUCCUGGCUCUUCCAGCACCUCAUGCAUCCGUACCCCACAGAAGAUGAGAAAAGACAGAUCGCAGCACAGACAAACCUCACCUUAUUGCAAGUGAACAACUGGUUUAUAAAUGCCCGCAGGCGUAUCCUGCAGCCCAUGCUCGACGCCAGUAACCCUGACCCUGCCCCUAAAGCUAAGAAGAUGAAGUCACAGCACAGACCCACGCAGCGCUUCUGGCCCGAUUCCAUCGUGGCUGGAGUUCUGCAGACGCACGGCCCACACUCUGCAGGCAACUCAGACAGUCCUUUGGGUUUGGACGGACUUCAGCCGCUGUCCUCUGACUCGGCCACCCUGGCUAUGCAGCAGGCCAUGCUGGCCGGGGCCGACGAUUCCAUGGACGGCACAGAGGAUGACGAGGAGGACGAGGAAGAGGAGGAGGAAGGGAUGGAGGAGGACGAAGAGGAAGAGGAGGAGGAAGAUAGUGAGGGAGGGAGGCAGCUGUCUGGAAGGAGAGAUAUGCGCCUUGAUCACAGCGAGGCACUGGAGUUACAGCCUCCAGUUCAGUUCAGCCCUCCUCCAGUACUUAAAGCUCUCGCCAGCACCCCCUUCUCUUUGCCAGCCUCAGGACCAAGUCACUAUUGGAGCCACUGCAUCGGGAACACUAAAGUUUUGGAAAUGUCCAUUGCUAACACGGCCGCUCAGGCUGUGCUGUCUGAUGCCCUGCUUCGGGACAAAGGGGACAACAGCGUCCGCAACCUGGAACUGGAGCUUCCUUUAGACAAAGUCAUCAAGUUCGUGUCUGUGGGACUUCCACUGCUGCUGGUGUCGUUGGCUUUUGCCCGGGAAAUCUCCAUCGGUCCACAGAUCAGCUGUUUCCCUCCCAGCAACUUCACAGUGAAGCAGGCUGCAUAUGUCGACACAUACUGCUGGGACUCGCUGAUGCACCACGAGUUUGACACAAAUGGGAACUUCGAAGAGCGCUCACUGUGGGUGCACAAGAUGUUCCCCUACUCCUUGCUGAUGAUGUCGAUGAUGAUGUACCUGCCAGCUCUGAUCUGGAAGUUCCUGGCUAUGCCAAGCCUGGGGUCGGACCUGCUCUUCAUCAUUGAUGAGCUGGACAAGUCCUACAACCGCUCGGUGCGCUUGGCUCAGAGCAUCCUGGACCUCAAACAAAACUCAGAGAACCCACAGAACUUCCAGGUGGAGCUGCAGAGAGCCAAGAGGAAACGCUACUUUGAGUACCCCCUACUGGAGAGAUACAUGCAGUGCAAGCACGGCUCCUACUUCUUGGUCAGCAUGCUCUUCCUCCGGGGCUUCCUCUUGCUGACCUUCAUGUCUGCCUCCUGCCUCUACCUGGUCUACUUCCACCUCUCAGCUUUUAUGCAGGACGAGUUCAACUGCUUUGUGCGCACCGGACUCCUCCGCGAGCAGGCCUGGGUGCCGGAGCUGGUCCAGUGCAAGAUGACCAGCCAGCUGGUCUUCCAGGUCAUUAGUGUGGCUAACGGCGCUGUGUACGUGCUACUGGCUCCUGUGGUGAUCUUCAGUCUGCUGCGUCUCUUCUGCUGGGACACCAGCUUCCUGUCCUUGUAUGAGGUGCUUCCUGCCUUGGGCCUCAUCAGCGGGCAGAAGCUGGGCUGCCCCCUCAACGACCUGAACGUGCUGCUGUUGUUCCUGCGCGCCAAUGUGACGCAGCUUCACUCUUACGGCCGCCUGAGAGCCCUGUGCUCUCUGGCGCCUCCACAGGUGCAGAGGGGUAAGGGCGCACUGACAGAGGAGCAGGUCGAGCAGGCUGCCGAGGCGGCCGAGGCAGCGGAGGAACUGGAGGAGGAGCUGAGGGAGGCCAGAGAGGAGGGCAAGCACAACCUGGUGGACAUCAUGACCGUGCUCGGGGCGGCCAGAGGAAACGUGGUGAACUGUCCGGAAGAGCGCCCUCUGGUGGAGGAGAACAUGACGCUUGAGCCUAACCACCAGGGGUACCAUGAAUUGAAGGAGACUACAACAUGUUGUUUUGGCUAAGUAUUCAACAAGGAACCAAAGCAUCAUUUCCAGGGGCCAAAUAUUAAGGGGCAGCACCAUGUCCUAGCCAAACCCCUCCAAACUUCACAUUAUCCUACAGAUUACAGCUGUAAUAAACAAACAUGGAAAUUGUCCAUUAACAGUACCUCAGGAAUACCCCAGAAAUCCCUUCCAAUACCCCCAAAAAGCCUCCUUUAGAAUUAGUAGCUUAUAUGAUAGCAUUUUUGUUCUUUAUUUAUACUUAUUUGUUCGUCUGUCUGUGAUAAUGUCUCACUCUCUUUGCUGAACCUUUUAAUUUUGAAUAAGAUCUUUACUUGACUUUUUUCCCUUCUGUGAACUGUUAAAAUAAAGUUUUAUUUUAUUUGUGUUUGUA